UUUUGUGUUCCCGUGCAAAUAAAGACAUCCUUAAGUAGUCAGCGUUGAACUUCAGUUACGUGACGGUCAGAGCAGGAGUGAAAAUGGCAUGAAGUGACGCUGAUUGUCGUAUAAUUCCUCCUGUGUGGUGUUUUAAAGGAAGCUACUGUCCUCACAAAGCCACUCCCUGGCCGUUGCCAUGCCCACCGGGCUGCAACACUGACUGCCCCGGGCAGAAAGAGUGCAAGGGCUGCAACGGGACGGCCCGCUGCAAGGGGGCAAUGCCUAACCCCUGGGAGGGGGGUGGGAGAGUUCGGAGCCCCGCCGCUGUGGAUUCAGUGUCUUGUCGUCCCGGGACAUACAGAAACAGUGAGGAAAGCCCAGACUGCUUGCUCUGUCCUUUAGGUUAUUUCUGCCCUUGGGGUACAGCAGUGCGCUGUCCAGCUGGUACUUAUGGCGCCAAGGAGGGUUUGCAGAGAGAGCAAGACUGCUCUGUUUGUCCUGCAGGUUUUUACUGCCUGGAAGGAAGCUCCCGGCGCCCUGGCUCUGAGUCCCUGUGCCCACGAGGUUAUUACUGCGAGGCUGGCACCAGCGAGCCCCACAUCAGCCCCUGCCCGCCUGGAACCUUCGGGGAGCACUUCGGACAGACGAGCGUCGCGGGGUGCAAGAGAUGCGCAGAGGGUCGAUUUUGCCCAGAAGGGGCGGCUGACCCAGGCUGGCCCUGUGCCAGAGGGAGGUUCUGCCCAGCUGGCACCGUGAAGGAAGUGAACUGUCCGGGAGGCACCUACACCCAGCAGCAAGGGGCUGCAAGCCUGAACGAGUGCUUGAAGUGCCCUACUGGGUUUUACUGCCCUGAGGGCACCAGCGACCCCCUCCCCUGCCCGCGGGGCAUGUUUAACCCUCUCCAAGGGCAGGAUGAUGCCACGGACUGCAGACUCUGUUACGCGGGUAAAGCCUGCACCCAGAUGGCGCUGCCUCAGCCUGACGUGGACUGCAUGGAGGGGUUCACCUGCCCUCCUGGUUCCUCCAGACCCAAUGCUCUGGAGAACGCCUGUCCCCCAGGGACUUUCAGCAACCUGAACAACCUGACUGACCGGUCCCAGUGUGGACUGUGCCCCCCACGCCAUGCCUGCGUGAGAGGUACGGGUGGAACCCAGAGACCCCCGGUCCCCUGCUUUGCUGGCGUAGCUCCACUGCCAUACAUUGAGCUCCCCAACCCUAAGAGAAUUCGCUCAAAGUAA